AUGGUGGCUCGGCCACUAGUGAGGCAGCCUCUAGGGAUUCCACGAUGGAGUCUCCCAUCUGGUACGAUAGUUAAUAUAUCUGGAAAACGAAUGAACAUGGUUAUGAAUAACAAGGUUUCUAUUGUAACAAGCAGUACUGGGCAUGGGUCUGCCAUUAUUGCCUAUACUCAUGGAGAGAAGAGGGUGGCUUGGCCAGUAGUGGGGCAGUCCUCAGGGACCCUAUGA